AUGUCGAUUAUCUUGCUAGUGAUUACAUCUACAAGUACUUAUAUAAAAAAAAGCAAGUUAACACAAGACGAAGCUUUCACUCUGUUUGCCCAUGCUUUUAUUACCGAAGUUAUGGCUCAUAAUCAAUACAUGUUUGACAACAAUAUUAAAAAUAAUGAGCAAGACUUUAUUGUCAAAUUCUGGGGGCCACUCUCAUGCUCAAUGUUGCCAAGCCGCCUGAGGGCUGACGUUCGCGUCAUUUACGAUAGACGAGAAGGACAACAGCACCAGGAGUACGACAUGAUGAAAAUGGAAGCUAGUCGAAUGCAUCCUCCGAAGCAAAAGUUCGACUUCGACCAUACAAAAUUGCUAGUAGAAACCAAAGAUAUCAUUGACUCGCUGGAAAGUGACAUCAAAAGGGAAAUGAGUUGUUUUCCAUUCUGUGGGUUAGAAAUUUUUAAAUAUAGCCUUAAUCAUGAAUUCAACACCAUCUAUGUCAACAACCAGGUUGAUUACCAUAUCAUUCCCUCUGAUGUCACAAAUUUCCAAUUCAUGAGAUCUCUUUGCGUUACCUUGGUAGCUACCCGAGAUGAAUGGAUGAGUUGUAGAAACCUUACCAUGAAUGCAAAGGACAAUGCAAAUGUUUCGUAUCCAAGCUCGAGCAUCAAGAAAUUAAAUGACCCAUCGUGGUACCCUCCCCGACCCAACCAAAGAACAUCUCCUGUGAUGGCUAUCCCCGUCAAUUUACAUUGAAAAAUUGAUUUUCUUUAUUUCUAUGAUUUUUUUAAAGUCAAGG